AUGGCGAAUAGCACGAAACGUGACGGUUCGCUAACCGGAGAUGUGCUUAUAGAGGAGGUCUUCGGUCGCGGUCCGAAUGCGUCGCGUACAGCUGUUUGGGUCGAGGAGAUCAACGUCAGCGGCACCGGCGGCGGCGGCGGCGGGGAUGGCAACAGGACCGGCAGGGUGCCUGCGGCGCUAGCUGGUCUCAUGGACUCGCCAUCGUCCAUUCGCGUUCUCAAGUCCGCGCGCGGCAGUGGCUCGCUCGGCUCCCUCACGCGCACACUGCGCGGGGCGUUCCUGCCAGAGGGCUACCCUGAGAGUGUUACAGAUGACUACUUGGCGUUUCAAACGUGGGACACCCUACAGGGACUCUCAACAUACAUACGCAGCAUGCUAUCCACGCAGGUGCUGCUGGCAGGGCUGGGAGUGGGUCGGGAAUCCGCCUCAGCCAUCAGUGCCACGUUCCAGUGGUUCGUGCGUGACUUCACAGGCAUGCUUGGAGGCAUUCUCUUCGCCAUGUACAAGGGAUCGAAUCUCGACAGCAAUGCCAAGCAGUGGAGGCUGGCUGCUGAUGUCAUCAAUGAUAUCGGGAUGCUUCUGGAUCUGCUCUCACCCUCUCGUGCCCUCCGCCUUCCUUCCACUGCUCUGCCUCGGGAGCAUCUCCCGAGCCAUAACAACACCUUCCUACCACUGCUCUGCCUUGGGAACAUCUCUCGAGCCAUAACCGGCACGGCCAGUGGGGCCACCAGAGCGGCACUUACACAACACUUUGCUAAAAGGCAGAACGCUGCAGACAUCUCCGCCAAGGAGGGCAGUCAGGAGACGGCAGCAACGAUGGCAGGCAUGCUGGCGGGGAUGGUGGUGGGGCAGCUGGUGGCGGGCAAUGUGGUGCUGCUGUGGGCUGUCUUCCUCUCCCUCACUGCUUUCCACGUCUACGCCAACUACCGCGCCGUGAAGAGCCUGUGCCUCACGAGCCUCAACCGAGAGAGGGUGGCACUGUUGCUGCUGGCGUACCGGGGCGAGCAGAAGCAAGUCCUCUCCCCAACUGCUGUCUCUCUACAGGAGCGCCUCAUUCCCUCUCUGCCUCAGGGCAGCCACGGCAGGGCGCACAUGCUCAUGGGGCAUGUGCACUUGGGAGCUCGCUUGAGUGACUUGCACGGCAAGAAACUAGACCUUGCCGUGCGGCAGGCCAUCAGACGCUAUGCCAAAGGUCGUUACCUUCUGGUGUUCACACCCACAAGAUUACCAUCGUUACAAUCACACUCUCCACCAACACCAUCACCAUCGUUGCCGCAUGUCCACGCCAUCAUCCAUCGAGAUGCAUCGAAUGCGGACGUGCUUCAGGCGUACAUCCACGCUCUCACAGCCCUCCAAGAGAUCUGGCAAGAGGCUCGGAAUGGAGUAGGCUCGGCAGGGAGUGAAGCUUCGUCGAGGCUGUCACUCGUGGAGGCGGCGGAGGCUCGGGCAGCUGCCUGGAUGGCUUCAGAGUAUUCGCAGUUUCUAGACAAGGUGAGUGUGAUUGUGGAGCCUGCAUAA